AGCGAAGCAUGCAUCGAUCUUAAUCCAUCUCUAACCACCAGUCCAUGUGGUAAACUAGGCCUUUCGUUUUGAAAUUAUAAAUGAAACUCUAGCAGAAUGCUGCGCAAGUCAAAGAAUCAGCCACAAACGGUGGCCGAGAAGGUCAGCAAGCUGCUUGCACAUCCGAACGAGAGCGACAGCGCGGAGGACUCGGACUGCGACGUGGCCACCGGGCCCCGUCUGGUGGACUUUGAGGAGGAGGAGUACGACCUGCCGGAUGCCCGUAGCACCGACUUUAGGAAGAGGAACGUCAAGCUGCUCUCGGAGCAAAGCGACCGUUACAAGGGGAAGAUCAGCAGUCGCAAGGAGUUGGAUGAGGAUGAUGACGAUGAUGAUGAUGAUGAGCAGGAGUUGUCCUACGAAGAAAGCGAUGAGGAGGAUGAGGACUUGGCAGACUUUAAACAGAAGUUGAAGGCUGGAGGAGCUGAAGACUCCGAGGAGGAAACUGCUGCUGGACAUUCCGAAUCUGGCGAAGAAAGUGAAGAGAUUGAGAGCAAUUUGACGGACUUUAAAAAAAAGUUUGAGGCUGGAGAUUUUAAAUACGAUGAGGAGGAGGAUGAUGACUCUGAGGAAGACAACAGCCAGGAAAGUGAAGGAGAUGACGAUGAAGAUGAAGAAGCAGAGGACGACACAAUUAAACCCUCGGAUGUAAUGUCCAAAACCAACCAUCAAGCUGAAAUCCAAAAAGGGCUCGGCGUCCAAAACCAACUGCGCAUCUGGGAGCGUCUUCUCGAGCUGAGGAUCAACACCCAAAAGUUCACCAGCAAAGCGAAUCAGCUCCCUGCACCAGAUACUUUAACGAAACUGGCAUCGGAGAACGAUGAACUUCAGUCGGUGCUAAACGAGGCCCAGGAACGCUCAUCCAAGUUACUGCAGCAACUGCUCUCUCUCCAGUCAGCCCUCCACCAGCAAAACUCAGAGAUGAAAAAGUCGGUGAAGCGCAAGCAGCCCACAGACGAUUCGGGUCCAGCGGUCAAAAAGUUUGGCUCUGUCCUGCAGAGCAAUUUCCAACAAAUGACCGGGUAUCGCAAUGAAGUCCUGCUAAAGUGGGACGACCGCACGAAACUCCUGACCCCCGGAGCGGGAGUCAAGCGCAAGUCUUUGCAGGAGGACUACGACAUCAUCAAAAAGAUCGACAGCGCCCUGGCAAACCGAGAAGCGCUCGUGGAGAAGUCUCAGACCCCAAAGAACAAUCAGGCGGAGCAGCAGGAAAACGAGCCGGUGCAGCGAUUAAAGCACAUCUACGACGACAGCGACUUCUACCACCAGCAGCUUCGGGAGCUCAUCGAGUACAAGGCCAGUACCUCGUCCAACAUGAGCGAGAUCACCAAGCAGUUCGUGGAGCUACAGAAACUGCGCCAGAAGAUGAAGAAGAAGGUGGACACAAGGGCCAGCAAGGGACGAAAGCUGCGAUACGUGGUGCACAACAAGCUCAUCAACUUCAUGGCGCCCAAUGAGAUUAGCGAAUGGACGGAGGCCUCCAAGUCCGAGUUGUAUAAAUCGUUGUUCGUCUAGAUUGUAAAAAUUAAUAUAUGAAGUUUUAAAUAGGAAUAAAAUCUAUGAAAUGUCAUUAUUGUUAAUUGCCAUUUAAAAGAAUUAUAUUAUAACAAUAUAUUAGAGCACCAUACCCCUAGAUAAUUUGAAAUUAAAAGAAAACAUAUUUCAAA